CCCCCGCAUGCGCAGUACGUUUGAAAUCUUGGAGAAGCAAGUGCGCGCUUGACAUGUGCUUUUAGGUUAAGUGUCGUGUUUCUUGGUAACUUGCGUAUGUUUCUUACGUAUGAAAAUUGGAGAAACAACGUUCAACGAUGACUGUGCAGGAUACGGACAUUUCCUUGAAUAUAUCUUCGGAGCCUGCUUCUAAGAAGAAAGCUGGAAACCAAGAUGACUCUAUACUUAGUUUAAUGAAAGAGCAGAAAAAUAAGACCGAUAAAAGUACAGUUAAAAGUAGCAAUAAAUCAACACAUGAUCUAGUUCGCGUAACUACCAGCCCAAAAGCAAAGAGAGUUAAACAGAAAUUAUUAUCUUCAAUUGUUGCACGAAAGUUGAAAGAAGCUAAUUCAUCUAGUCAACCUACCCUUGCAACAAAGAAAGUAAAAUUUAAAACACAACUCAUAGAUACAGAACGUAAAACGUUUAAACAACAAUUAGAGAAGGUACCCGUAAAGAUAAAUGAGAAAGCUAUCGGAGCAGAUAGGUCAUUACCAGCCACAGGUAUCGAAGCUUCUAGUGCUCCUGUUGUGUCAUUUACUAAGGUUACCCGAGAAAACUUUGGCAAAACAUUAUUAGCAAAGAAAAGAAAUGUCAAGGAUGCAGACUCCAAAAAAACACUUUCAAAUAUAUUUUCUAAACAAACAAAAUCUGAAGAUACUAAAAUUAAUACAUUAAAGUCAGCUGAAGAAGCAGAUGUAGAUGAAGAUGUUAUGCCAAUGAUAAAAUCUAAAUUUAAGAAAUCAAAGAAACUGUCAUCUAUAUCAAAUACAGAUGUUAGCGGUAAAACAAAUAAGAAUUAUGAAGACAAAUCAACAAGUCAAAGUCAUACGAAUGUACAGAAUGAUAAAAGUACUCGUGCUCCCCUUAGGCCUGGCACAAUGAUAUCUUCAUUGUUUAGUCAUAAUCCUGAAAUACCAAAUAUUGGUCAAAGAUUUGUAAAACCGAUAAGCGAACCAGUUUUUACAGGAACAACUUUUGUCGAUCUUAAUGUACAUCCUUUCACUAUAUCUAACUUGGAGCAGAACAUGCAAAUCACUAAAAUGACAAUAGUUCAGCAGAAAGCAAUUCCUUGGAUACUUUCAGGCAAAGAUAUUUUAAUUAGGUCUCAAACUGGUUCCGGCAAGACACUAGCAUAUGCUUUACCAAUCAUUGAGUUUUUACACAAAAUCAGACCAAAACUGAAUAGAAAUAGCGGAUUGAAAGCUCUUGUAGUUGUACCAACUAGAGAACUAGCUCUACAAACCUACGAGUGUUUCUUAAAAUUAAUCAAACCAUACACAUGGAUUGUGCCAGGGUAUUUAGCAGGGGGUGAAAAGAGGAAAGCAGAGAAAGCUAGAUUAAGAAAAGGUUGCAAUAUAUUAGUUUGUACACCUGGUAGAUUGUUGGAUCACAUACAACGAACGGAAGCUUUAAAACUUAAUCACGUUAAAUACUUUGUUUUGGAUGAGGCUGAUAGGAUGCUUGAGAUGGGAUAUGAAAAAGAUAUAUCAAGUAUAGUGAGUGCUUUAAAGGUGUCGACACCAAGCGAAAAUUCAGGUUACGAUGCGAUGAAAAUUCUUCGACAAAACGUGAAAAAAGUAUUCACCGACGAGGAUGUCGAGAAUAUAGAAGAAACUACUGGUUCAAAAAAUGAGACAACGAAGGAUGAUCUGACGAAUUUAAAACCCGAAGACGAUACGAAAAAAGAUGUCGUUAAACAAAGGCAAGCAUACCACUCUAGUAGCGACGAUGAUUCGGAGGAAGACGAACCUUUCGUCAAAUCGAAACAAUUGAACAAACGGAAGGAUGUCGCCAAGUCCACCGAAAAAAAAGUAUCCGGUUCGCUAGAAAAUGAUGCGCGAAAAGAUAAAAAUAGCAAUGAAAAUGAAUCCAGAAGACAAACGAUCUUACUUUCCGCGACUUUGACGCAAGCCGUGGAAAAAUUAGCGGGUCUCGCGAUGGAGCAUCCUAUAUUUCUGGACGCCGCGAAAGAAAAUUUAGAAACAAUUGGCGAUAGUACGAGCGACGUAAACGAAGAUUUAAUAGUCCCCCAAAGUGUGAUCCAGACCUACAUCGUUACGCCGCCGAAAUUGAGGAUGGUGACCUUGAGUGCUUACAUCGCGGGAAAGUGUCAGAGCCAUGGACAGAGCAAACUUUUAAUAUUCAUGGCCACCCAGGACAUGGUUGAUUACCACACGGAAAUACUGUCUACUGUGCUCACCAAACCGGUUGACGAAGACGACGAGGACUCCGAUCCUCUGGUCGAUAUAGAGUUUUUCAAAUUGCACGGGAACAUGACUCAAAAGGAGCGAACGGAGGUUUUCAAAACGUUCAGGCUGGCGAAAACCGGGGUUCUACUCUGCACGGAUGUCGCGGCUCGUGGAUUGGACAUGCCAAAGGUGGACUGCGUGGUUCAAUACACCGGGCCGAUCUCAGCCAGGGAUUACGUGCAUCGAAUCGGCAGAACGGCGCGUGCAGGAUCCUCUGGAACGGCGACCAUCUUUCUGACGCCGCCUGAAGUCGAGUUUGUCCGAAUGCUCGAGUCCAGGCGCAUCAGGAUCAAGCAGGAAAGUAUGGAAGACGUUUUGGAUAAAUUGCUGACCCCUCUGUGCAAGCACUCUUCCGCUCAUAACGCCGCGAUCGCGCUGCAAAACGAGUUCGAGAAUUUGGUGCUCGAGGAUCCGAAGCUUCGGGCGAUGGCGUGCAGAGCGUAUACUUCUUGGGUACGUUCCUACGCCCGCUAUCCGCGCGACAUGCGUGAGAUUUUCAACCGGAGGAACCUUCACCUAGGCCACUUCGCCAAGAGUUUCGCGUUGAGAGAAACUCCGAAACGAAUCGGUGGAAUAGGGAAAAAAAUACACGAGAAGGAUACCACGAAGCAACAGCACAACAAUAGGCUUACGAAUGAACGACCCGACGGGGUGCCGGCAAAGAAACGGAAGCAUCCGGAUGACAAGCCGAGGACGGGGUUACUGAAGAAAGUCAGGAUGCUCAACACCUCCGAGUACGACAGCGGCCUCGAGCCACCGAGGAAGCCAAAGAAAUCCUGAGCGUCGCAUUAACACCUCGACUACCUAGUAAACAGAAUGCGAUUUCGUUACCGUGAUUCCCACCUCUCGUGUAAAUACACACACCCUCCUUUUAACCGUACGGUUAACCGGAGAAUCAGGUUAGCCGUUCCUCCCAUGGAUUCAAUACCGCUUGUCGCGUUCUCGAGCACGCGGUGUAUCACCCCACAGGUGAGAAUGUUCUGUACAUAAUUUCGCAAGAUGGUCGCACGAUCCAACGAGCUAAUUCCUUGGAUGUUCGUCGAGAAAUAAAUUUGUAACGUAAGGUGUCGUUACUUCGAUCGAAAUAA